UUGUGCUAUGUAUGCUAAAUUCAUGUGAUUUUAUUCAUAUAAUUUAAUGUGUCUGUGUAGUUAUUAGGCAAGUUUGGACAAUGUCAAAGGUACUAAUAAUUAGGCACCUUCCCACGGCGUUGACGCUUAAAGAGAAGGAGCAACUGUUAAAACAUUUUGGCGCUGAAAAAGUUUGGGAGCCUUCUUCCAAACGGAACUAUACUUUUGCCUCUUUUUCUUCAGAGCACACUGCUCAGCAGUCUUUGUACCGUCUGCAUCAGCUUGAAAUCGCUAAUAGAAGGCUGGUUGUUGAGUAUUCAUUCGAGAAAGAACCAGCAACUCAAAAAAUAGAGGAUGAUGAACGUAGUUCUCUCACAACAAUACACGUUAAAGAGUUCCUUAGAAGAUUAAACGCAUGGAAUCCUUCAGUUGAUUUUUAUCAGCCUCCUCUUAAUUAUAUAAAGUAUAAAUACCCUGAUGUAUCCCCAAAAAUAAUUAUAAACAUUAUUCAUGCUAUAGUAUCGCACAAGCCACUGUAUGUUCAAACUUUACACUUAAUGAACAAAAUGUGUCUUCAAACACCGUUUAAUGAGAAUGGUAAGGCAAUGGACUACUUUAAGGAAACUUUUAGAGAGUUCUUCAUUGAUCAAAUAAUACAAAUAGCAGUUCCCGAUUUACCACCAGAACCUGAAAGUGAGCCAGAAUCUGAACUAUCCAGUGAUGAAACAGAACAUGAAAAACUUCACCAACCAGCUGUUAGCAAAAGGAAACAUACUCUACCAGUGACUAGAAAAAGACCAGCUGCAGUUCUAAAAACAGCCGUAUUACCUAAAGUUAAGAAAACAGUUGUCAGUCAAGAAGAAGUAUUCGAAAUGGUCACACCAGUACAAGAACCUAAGAAAAUAUCUUUAGUUGUUCAUCAAGACGCUUUGCAGAAACCAUCAGAGGAAACAGAAGUUGUUGGAGAGCUAGGGAAGUUCCAGAAAGAGGAUGAACCUGUGCAGGACGAGGCUCCUACGGAAGAGCCAGAACUACCAACUAUAACGAAGAAUGAAUUGCUACGUAACAGGAUAUCAAGAAGUGAUAUGAAAGUAAUGAAAGUGUUUAAGAAUUAUCAUCCAGGCCAGCCUUCAAUGAGGCUUUAUAUUAAAAAUUUAGCUAAAUCCGUAACGGAGCAGGAACUAAAGAGAAUAUACAGACGUUACAUUGAAGGUGUUUCAGAAGAGGAGCAGAUUGGGUUUGAUGUGAGGGUUAUGCAGGAAGGCAGAAUGAAGGGACAGGCAUUUGUGACAUUCCCGUCAGAGAGGAUGGCAGAGAAAGCACUGAAUGAGACUAAUGGGUACAUGUUGAAGGAGAAACCAAUGGUUGUACAGUUUGCAAGAGCUGCUAAUAAAACUGUUCAGUAAAAA